AUGGCAUUAAAUGGUAAAAUCGCGGUGGUGACUGGAGCAGCGCAGGGCAUAGGAAACGCAGUGACACAGAUACUCCUUCAAAGUGGUGCUAAGGUAGCCCUCCUGGAUGUGAAUGAAACUGCAGGGAAGAGUUUUAAGGAAGCCCUCGACAAACAGUACAGACGGGACCGAACUUUGUUCCUGAGCUGUGAUGUUGAGUCAGAGGAACAGAUCAAAGCUGCCUUACAAAAAACGGUAGAAACCUUCGGUGGAAUAGACAUCCUGUGCAACAACGCCGGCAUAUUGAAUGAGGGAGAAUGGGAGAAAACAGUCUCCAUAAACCUUGUGGGUCUUGUCAGGGUAACCUACCUGGCUCUGGAGCACAUGAACAAGUUGACUGGAGGUCGAGGGGGAGUCGUUGUCAACAUAGCAUCCAUGGCAGGUCUAGGUCCACUACUGAGCAGUCCCGUCUAUACAGCCACGAAGCAUGGCGUGGUCGGCUUUACUCGAGCCAUGGCGGCUGCCUCUACCGCCUCAGGUUAUGGUAUACGGUUCAACGCGCUUUGCCCGGGUUUUGUCCAAACUGACCUCUUCUCCAACUUAUUAGACAAAUUGGGACAGUUUUCCCACCUUAAAGAUGUGACCCAAGAACUGGCCGACAGGACAGGGGUGAUAAAUGCGUCUCAGGCUGCCGAGUGCCUCCUCGAGUUGGUGACCGAUGAGAUGAAGAAUGGGGAGGCCCUCGUGGUGAAAUCGAACCUAAAAAAAUAUAUAACAUUUCUGUAUUAAGCUAGUAGCUCCUGGCCACGACAGACCACAACACCAUCAUACAGAACCAAUCCCUCUGACUGAAUCCUGUAAUGUUCCUCUGUGCUUUAAUGUGCAUAGAAAGACAAAUGACCAAUUUAUAAAAAGCGAUUGUCUGGUGUUUGUCUUAUAUAGCUAUAUAUCUGACAUGAUAACAAAUGUUAAUAAAGAAAUGAAAACUUG